GGGGACUAGGUUUAGAUCACUGAAAAGGGUGACAAUGGUUUAACUUUGCAUUGCAGUCCAAGAACUAAGCGAGGGGAACGUAAUUUUUGUUUUGUUUUGUUGUGUCUAAGUCACUGAAAAUGUCAUCUGGGAGCUUGAAUUCGGAAUUAUCAAAGAAAACAUCAUUUCUGGGCCUAAAACUUUGGGUUGUAAUCGGUAUAUGUGUUGGUGCAUUCAUAAUUUUGAUACUCUGUAUCUUAUCUUUGUGGGUCUCACUUCGAAGAAAAUCUAGAAGAACACUAGACAAGUAUCCCCUUUCUCAAAUACCCAAUGUCUCGAAAGAUAUCAAGGUUGACAAAGUUGGAGGUCAAAAUCAUCGUGAUAAUCCAGAGAGUUUAUUCCUGUCAGUUCAUGAUAAAUCAAGUGAUAAAAAUUCAGAGAAAAUGUCUGUUCAUUUGGGUAUGCACAAAUCAAGUGAUGCUGAUAAUAUCAGCCAAUGUAGCUCUAUGUUUCAUCAUGAGAGACGUAGUUCACAAUCAGGGGAAGAGGGAAAUUCCGGUACUAUUCGGAAGCAGUCUUCACUACUAUAUGGGCUUCCAAUGGCCUCUCCUUUAAUUGGAUUGCCAGAAGUCUCGCAUCUUGGGUGGGGUCACUGGUUUACUCUUCGAGAUCUUCAACUUGCAACAAAUCGAUUCUCACCAGAGAAUGUGCUUGGGGAAGGUGGAUAUGGGGUUGUUUACAAGGGCAUACUAGUCAAUGGGACUGAGGUCGCGGUCAAGAAGCUUCUUAACAAUUUGGGGCAGGCUGAGAAAGAAUUUAGGGUUGAGGUGGAGGCUAUAGGCCAUGUUCGGCAUAAGAAUCUUGUGCGGCUCCUUGGCUAUUGCAUAGAAGGAGUUCAUAGAAUGCUGGUCUAUGAAUAUGUGAAUAAUGGAAACAUGGAACAGUGGCUUCAUGGGGCUAUGCAACAAUGUGGUACCCUUACUUGGGAAGCCCGAAUGAAGGUUCUUCUUGGUACUGCUAAGGCGCUUGCUUAUUUGCACGAAGCAAUAGAACCAAAAGUUGUGCACCGUGAUAUAAAAUCUAGCAAUAUCUUAAUUGAUGACGAGUUCAAUGCCAAAGUUUCUGAUUUUGGAUUGGCCAAGCUCUUGGAUUCAGGAGAAAGUCAUAUAACAACUAGAGUCAUGGGAACAUUUGGUUACGUGGCACCGGAAUAUGCUAAUACUGGCAUGUUAAAUGAAAAGAGUGAUGUUUAUAGCUUUGGUGUCCUCAUGCUUGAAGCAGUGACAGGAAGGGAUCCUGUUGACUAUGGUCGGCCUGCAAAUGAGGUUAAUCUUGUUGAGUGGCUUAAAAUGAUGGUAGGGAAUAGAAGAGCUGAGGAAGUUGUUGAUCCAAACAUUGAAGUUCAACCCACAACACGUGCUCUAAAACGUGCCCUUCUGGUUGCAGUUAGGUGUGUUGAUCCUGACUCAGAGAAACGACCCAAAAUGAGUCAGGUUGUUCGAAUGCUCGAAGCUGAUGAAUUUCCUUAUCGCGAGGUGGUGAUUAUUUUCUGACAUAGAAAUAAUAAGUUAUUUACUUUGCUCCUUGCUAUGAUUUUUCUUAUUGGCAUUUUGGUAAAUUGUUGCCCCCUCCCCUAAAAUUAAAAAAAAAAAAAGUAGAAAAUAUAUACAAGUGGAAGCAAAUCAAUUAAUAUGCAUACCUUGACCCGUUUAAAGGAAUCAAAGGAUGUUUCAUGCGCUCCUAUGAUACAGGAAUCUCUUUGUUAUAGCGGUAGAACACUGUUACAAUAAUUGAACAAUGUUCUUGAUUCCACAACCCAAGAACCU